AUGAUCGCAUCAUCCUUAAUUUCCGCCGCCACUGGUGCAUCCUUGCUCUUUUUUGCAAGCAGUGCAAGUGCCAGCUCAGAAGCCGCUUUUGUCCAAUUCGAAAAUCUUGGAUACAGUGGAGAGUAUUUCCCAGUUGGAAAAGUUGAAGCUUUGAGCGAUGGAAACUGUUCAUGUGAACAAGCCAUGGAUUCUCCAAUUUAUAUUAAUGGCACAAACAGUCCUUUCAAUGAGGAGUUGUCUGUUCACAUUAGAGGACCAAUAAACUUGCAGAAAUUUGCCUUUUACACGGCCGAAAGUUACAGCUUCGGCUCAACUGAUGGUUCGUGGACCCGAGGUGCUUAUUACGAUGUCUCCAAUGGUACUGCAGAUAAUGUUACCUUCCUCGGUAAUGUUGGUGUCGAAAACACGUGCCUAGCCAGAGCACUAAACUACGUGACAUCAAACGGUACAUCUCUUGCAUCGGAAUCUACCGUUCUCGAAAACGUGACUAUUGGUUCCGCAGAGGAGUUUGCCAUCUUUUCCGGCACCAAGUGCAAGGAUGAGUCAUCCUUGGAGGGUGACUGCCUUGUUUACCGUGAAGGAAUCGAUGCUUACCAUGGAUUUUACGGUACAGUCAAGGCAUUCCUCUUUCAAUUCUCUGCCCCUUCCGAUACCAGCGAGGAGGGUCUAACCAACAAGACUGGUAACUAUGAUAUGCCUGCCAUUUGGUUGUUGAAUGCACAAAUUCCAAGGACGUCUCAGUACCCAUUGAACGGUAGUUGCUCGGCAUGGAACACUGGUGCUGGUGAGUUCGAUAUCUUUGAGGUGAUGAAUUACACACAGAGAAAUAACUUCUACACGACCAUCCAUGACUAUCAAGGAACCGACAGUGUCGAGGUUGGAUUACAAAUGUUCGCUUAUCUAGACAGAACACCUGAUUCUGUCAUGAAAGGUGGUGUUAUCUUUGGAUCAGAUGGCAAGGCUACUGUCUUCCUAUCCAACAGCACCACUUUUGGAAACACCAUCUCUUCCUCUGACCUCAGCUCAUGGUUAUCCGAGUUAGAUAAUGUGGACGGUGGUGAGUACACCCAGACAUUGUCCUCUAUCACUUUGGACAUGAAUACCGCAACUACCACAAGUGGUUCUAGCAGCUCCGCAAGCACAAGUGGUUCUGACAGCUCCACAAGCGGAAGUGGUUCUAGCAGCUCCACCAGUAGUAGCUCGACAAAUGCAGCUUCCAGACCAAUGUUCUCUAUAGAAUCACCUGUUGGCUUGCUUUCAUUGGCUGUGCCUUUAAUUGCUGGUACAGUAUUCCUAUAUGAAGCGUAA